UGGUGUGAUAUUCUGGAUAUAAAGGCCGCAAUGUUGAAAGUCCACCUCCUUUAAAAGUAAUAUUUAGCUUGAAAUGUUAUGCCACAUAAAGUAGUUAUUAACAUGUCACAUUUUACAUAUCUUCCUAAAUGUUUUUUUAUCUUUUGGGUUGAAUUAAAAAUGAAUUUUAGGAUGGGUCUAGUCCCUGCCUGAAGCAUAAAGUAUAAAACCCUGCAGUUUAAUGAAUGACCAUUCUAAACCAUUGUGUCUUUCAGAGACAUAACCACCACGUUACUGUAGUUUGUAAAUUGGGUUCUUCCUGACGCUCGGACGCGUCUCCUCCCUCCGCGCGCUGACGCGCAGGUGAGAGUUCACCGUGCGUCCUCAGACCCCGGCCAUCUCCAAGCAUCACACCGAUGUGGGUGGGGUCCCUUUUGAUGCGCAACGACACGGCAAAGUCCAGGGCAAAACCACGAAGUCCAUUGAAACUUCGGCCAGAAUCCUCGUGGCUGCGGGAGGAUCGGGAGAGAGAGAGGGAGAGAGAGACAGUCGUCGGUGCUCUGCUUUCAGUGGUCUCUGGUAAAGAUCGACGACAAGAGUGCAAUUACAUCAAGCUGCAGGGAGGAAUAACCCUGACUGGUCAGGAACUCUAGGUGGAGGUGUGUGUGCAGGGUGAGUGACCAGGCGUUUGUUCCUUUACACGCAAUCCGACAUCUAAGAGUGUGUUAUCCUGCGCAUAUUUUUUUUUUCUUUCUCGCCAAGCCUUCGGUAGUACUUGAUCGUCAUGGCAUGGCCUUGCCUCACGCGUGCUUGCUGCAUCAACCGCUAUUGGACGGAGCUGGACAAAGCGGACGUCGCGGUGCCGUUGGUUUUCGGUAAAUAUUCGGAUGCGGCCGACGUGCAGCAUCUUCCCCAUCACCUGCAGCCGAGGCACAAGAGGGCCGGGGCGAUCGCCAUAGAAACCCAGCCCCAUCCCGCGGAGCAGGAGCCCGGGAAGGCACCGCCCGCGACGGGUGCCGCAGCGGGGAAAGAUGGCUCCGCGGCGUCCGUCAUGCGCCAAGACUUCAAGGCGUGGAGUGUGCGCCCCGAGCCGAGCUGCAAACCCAGGAACGAGUACCAACGCUCGGCCGCCCCGUUCAAUACCGAAACGCAGUAUCAGAAGGACUACAAGCCGUGGCCUAUACCGAAGAAGCACGACCACCCUUGGAUACCCAAGCCCAGCCCCGGCGGACCGGAGCGCAGCGCCGCGAGCGGAAAGCUGGACCACCACCACCACCACGCCGCCGCCGCCGCGGAGGCCGACAGCGGCGUGGAGAAGAGCGAGCUCGAGGAGAAAACGCAGGAGAAAGAGUCAACGGAGCCGGCGAAGAGGGAGAAGUCCGCUGAGAGAGAAACGGGCGAGAAGGCGGAACGUCAGACGCCCGCCGAUGCGAGCGCGGAGCAGAGGAAAGGCCGAGCGGCCGCAGACGCUCUGAACAGACAGAUCAAGCAGGUCAUGUCCACUUCUAGCAGCUACAGGACUGAGUUCAAGGCCUAUAAGGAUGUGAAAACAGUGAAGGCCAUUAAAGCUCCAGAUCUGUACAAACCCCCAGUGAAGGAGGCCAGUUUGGAAACCAGCUACAGCGCCACAUACAAGGGGGAGCAGACGAAGGCUCACCCCACCGACAACAAGCUGAUGGAGCGCAGGCGGAUACGCAGCCUGUACAGUGAGCCCGCUAAGGAGCCCGCCAAGGACGUCUCAGAGACUGAGAGCAGCUCUGUUCUAAACCUGCUGUAGCCAGGUGUGUUCACUGUUUCUUCUGAAAGGCAUGGAGGCUGACCUCAAAUUGAUCAGACGCUAUUGUGCAGACCAGGACACACGUACGCACACGGUGUGCGCCUCGGCCUUGCGAAAAACUAUCAGCCACAUCUUCACUGUUUGCCCACAUCUCAGGCAGCACCACCCACAAGCCCUUUAUUAAGCCAAGGAGGUUUUUGAAAAAGGUUGCAUUCGUUGAUAAAUGGAAGACGUCCGAGUAGCUGAGAUGAUAUUUCAAAGUGACGGAUGAGAAUCGAAACAAAAGAGAUGGAUUGAUUGCAUCAGUGGAGGCCAAUAAGACGAAUAUCUCAAUGAUAUAAAUGAGAUUAAAAAAAAGAUCUGCUCUGUGAAUAUCUCUAUUUUGGUGACAAUCAUAGGCAAAAGGGUAUUUCAGGUUUCCCAUUUGGAAAAUUAACACACACCAUUGGCUCACCAUUAAUUUGACUCCAUUCAAGUGGGAGGAAGCCCAGCAGGGUGUGUGUGACAGUGUUAACCCAUUGGUGUUAAUGUCUGCAGUUCAUUAUGAUGCACCAAAGAAGAUCUAGGUUUGUUCCUCAAGGUCCACAGCAUCAAGGGUGUGUGGUGAAAAGGAAUAAAUGUGUCUAAUCUAAUUUGGACUGUAUUUUAAAAAGCACCAUGGCACAAGUACACUUAAAGAGUUUUUUGGCAAUGAACGACACAUUCCCCCACACCCGAUAACACACUGUAUUCCACCAUGAGUGAUGUGUCUGAGGCACCUCUGCACCUGAUCCCUUGAUUCACCGAAACUGAGCUAUAACUUUCAGCAACACAAACAUUUGUCAUCUCUUACUAGUUUUUAAGUUUUCUUUAUUCAGCAAAGUUUGAGCAUGUCACUUCUUUGCUGUACACCAACUCAUUUAUACAAAUUCAUCUGGGAGAUUAUUCUUGAGUUUUUCAUUGUUGUGGCAACACAACAAUAGCAGAGGGAAGCUAAGUGUCUUGCUCAAUUUCCCCAGGUGAUAUGGGAAUGUGAACCAGCGAUCUUCCAGUCACACGCCUGCUUCUUAAACAUCAGAACACUUCAGAACACACAUUCUUUAAGGUGUUAAACUAACAUCAUAUACUAAUAUACAUACUAUAUACCAUCAACAUUGUAUGUUAUAGUUUCUUUAAAACUUAAAUAGGAAACUGCACAAACAGUGUUCUGUAAAAGGAAAAGCAUAAAUGCACCUUUUGUGCUGUUUCUUCUUUCCUCUAUCCUCAAUGCACUAACCAACAAAAUGCAAAAGUCAACGUUACAAUCUGGUGUCAUUUGCCUGUCUAUACUGUAUAUUAGGUAACAAGGUUAAAAAGGUACGUAUUGCAUGCUUAAAUAUGACUUCAUCAUACUUUUAAUUCACCAUUAUUUAAACAAUCGUUUUAAGGAAUAGUUUGAGAUUUUUGGAAAUGCCCUUAUUGAAUUUUUUUUGCCAGGAGUUGGACAAGAAGAUCAAUGCUGCUCCCUUCUCAUUGUCUUGCUGUCGUGGUCACUCCAAGAAUUCCACUGCCCCCGGCCAAGAAAUAGUAACUUACAUAAUAUCUCAAUAACCUUUGGAUUAAACGGGGCUGUCUGUUUCCCCAUUUCCACUGUUUUUGCCAAGCUAAGUUAAUUGGCUGGCUGUAGUUUUAUAAUGGACAGCAUGGAGAAUAGCAUCAAUUACCUCUUUAAACUCUUGGCAAGGGAGCGAUUAAAUGCCUUUCCCAAAAUGUCAAACUAUUGCACUCACAUCAGUUGAUGUUUUCCACCGGACUCAUUUUGUCUUUACUCAGGAUUUUCCCUUUUCUUCUCUUUCAGGUGGAUAAACCUGUUUCUCGCACCAAACCAAAAAAGACGCCAACAACAACUGGGAAAAUGGUGAUAAAAUCAAAGGAGAAGCAGAUUGCUAGUUCCCAGUUAGCCAAGAAGAAAGCAUCUUCAAAGCCCAAACCAGAUGGAGC